CCCACCGUCAAUGAGUAGGGAAGUGUAGCAUUUAAAUGUUUCAGAUGAGGAAGUUAUUCUCCAUAUCAGUACCUGUCAGAGCCCAGUGAAACCAAGACCACCAUGAUUUCUCAUUUUGUCAUUCUGCUCCUUCUGAUAACAAAUGCAGGUUGUGUUCUUCAUACACCUCACACAGUGAAACUCUCAUCAAAAAACCUGAUGACUUUCCUUACGUGGGAACCAGCCACAGGAAAUAGCAGUGAAACACUGUAUCAGGUGGAGUAUAAACUAUAUGGAGAUUCAAGAUGGAUACAGAAAAAAGAAUGUUGGAACAUCUCCUUGGUGCAGUGUGACCUCACAAAGGACAUAACGCAUAAGGGACACUGGAUGUGCGGCCGUGUGAGGGCUGUCAGUCACAGCACUGAGUCUGAUUGGGUGGAGGCUAAGAUGUCCAUUCCACAUAUGGACAUGACAAUUGAUCCUCCAAGAAUUCACCUAGUUCCAGAGGCAAAUUCUAUGCAAGUGCAUAUUUACCCAUCUUUUGAGAACUACACAGACGUGGAGAAGAUGGAGUAUAUGAUUCAUUACAAACAAAGAAAUGGCCUUACAUUAUCUAGUAGGACAACAGCACUUCAUACUGACAGGAUGGAAGACCUGGUUCCUGGGACAGAGUACUGCGUUUCUGUGUCUUCCAAGAUCUGGAUGAGCCAUUCCCAGUACACCCAUCACGAUUACGAAUCAGCCGAGGGAGAGGCCUGCGCCUUCACUGAAAUGGACAAUUCCGCAUCCCUUCCCAGGAGAAAUCAGAGGCACCUGCAGCUGGUCAAGCGCUUGAGUGUGGGGUUAUUAAUCCCCCUACUUCUCAUAUCUGCACUGCUCCUCCUAACCCGGGCAUUCAGAUCCAUCUACCGGCCCCCGGCCCGCCUUCCGCUCAACCUCAUUUUCACUGUGGAAGAGUGGAAAACACUGCAGAAGAAGGCUUACGUUGAUAUGAAACAGUAUGACGAUGACGCCGUGGACAGGAACACGAGAAGCUGGGUCCAGUCCAAGGCAAAGACCAACCUGUACAUCAAGCUCCAGCAGAGAACGCUAGUGUCAGCGCAACCGAUUGUAAACCCCUCCGACGAGCCUCUGAUGGGGUUCUCUACCCCGCCUCCUCUUCUGGAAGGUGUGCGUCACGUCCAGGCAUACGCCCCUCAGCUCUCCUCUCCAGCAGCUCAGUCUGAUGAGUCAUACGGAGUAGUGCAUCAUGGUCCAGGUUUAAUAGACAUGCAUGACUUUAGCAGUUCCGAUCCAAAAACUGACAGCAUGCUGGCCUCUAGCCCUGAACCAGUUUAUACCAACUCAGAGCACCCUGAACCAGUUUAUACCAACUCAGAGCAUCCUAAACCAGUUUAUACCAACUUAGAGCACCCUGAACCAGUUUAUAUCAACUCAGAGCACCCUGAACCAGUUUAUACCAACUCAGAGCAUCCUGAACCAGGUUAUACCAACUCAGAGCACCCUGAACCAGGUUAUACCAACUCAGAGCACCCCGAACCAGUUUAUACCACCUCAGAGCAUCCUGAACCAGUUUAUACCAACUCAGAGCACCCUGAACCAGUUUAUACCAACUCAGAGCACCCUGAACCAGUUUAUAUCAAUUCAGAGCACCCUGAAUCAGGUUAUACCAACUCAGAGCAUCCUGAACCAGUUUAUACCAACUCAGAGCACCCUGAACCAGUUUAUACCAACUCAGAGCACCCUGAACCAGUUUAUACCAACUCAGAGCACCCUGAACCAGUUUAUACCAACUCAGAGCACCCUGAACCAGUUUAUACCAACUUAGAGCACCCUGAACCAGUUUAUACCAACUCAGAGCACCCUGAACCAGUUUAUACCAAUUCAGAGAACCCCAAAUCAGUCUACAUUAACUCAGAGCAGCACAAACUAGUCCAUGCCAACUCCACGCACCCCAACCUGGUCUAUAGCAACUCUGCACACCUCAAGCCAGUCUAUGCCAACUCUGAGCACCCGGAGUCAGUCUAUACCAACUACAAGUGCUCCGAACAAGUCUAUACCAACUUUGAGCACCCCAAACCAGUUGAUACCAUUUCAGAGCCGCCUUCCCCCAGAAAUGCAUUAGCACACCCGCUGUGACACAAAUUUACAAGGCUGUUCUACUUAAAAUGAAUGAGUUGGAAAACAUAAAAGAGAUUUUUUCUACAUUUUUUGAAAUGUCUCCCUUUUUGUCAACCAGUUUGGAACGCCCGACACUUUUGUAAGUCCACCUCAUCUCUGCUGCCUCCAACAUGGAGUGCAGUGCGCCCAGAGUCAGUCUGCUGCAGGGCUGAGCAACUGUACAGAUGAGGGGCUAGCAAAACGGAGGGAACCCCCUGCUGGUUACAUUGCCCCAGGGGACUCUCAAGCAGUCACAGCUGGUGCUAUGGUGGUCAUGAUCACUUCCAGGUCAUGAGGUGCACAACGCACCAUGAACAAGUGCCUCAGGGGAAUGUAUCACCCAGGAGGCCUAAAUUUGCUCAAUUGUGAAAUCCAGCUGCAGUGUGGUACAUUGGAUUAGGGACCAGCAUGCUGUAGGUUCAGACCAGGGCCUCUGAUAUUGCUCUCAGAUGCUUCAGUGGAAUAUCUGCUUGUGGGGACAGAUACUGUGCGAUAAAUAUACGCUGUGUUGGUCUCCUAAGAACGUGUACAUGCCUUUUUCUACCCAAAGUGGAAACCACUUUCAUCCCUUGGAUUUGUAGUUGUUAAAUUUGCUGGCAGGUAAUAGGUUAUUUGGUUGUGAUUUAUAAAUGUACACAGUUAUAAAUAUAGUGGCACACAUUGUUUUACUCACAAAGUAGGCGUUUGCUGUUAAAAUGAAUAAACCCACAUCAUCUAGGACUUAACUAUCUGAGCAGAGAUAAUGUGGUUUCUAUUUUAUUUUGCUUUUUCACUAGCAGUGUGAAGAGGGAAUUACUGUUUCUACUGUUUUUUAGGUCCAGAGUGGGGCAAAUGGUAUAUGCUUUCAUUGAUUUCUUUAAAUGCUUCUAUAAUUAUGAUUCAAAUUUUUUAAAAUCUAUUUUGCUUCCCCAUAGAUUGAGUUGCAAGCAAUAUAUAUGGCCAGUUCUUCAUGUGCUUGUACAAUAAUGUGGGUUCGUCCUUAUCUGCCUCUCUGUAUUGGCUGAGUAAUGGAAAUUCUCAGUGCUGUUGUCCAAAUGUGUUUCAAUGCUUAUUUUUAUGCCCUUGAAACUACACUGCUAAAUACUUAAUAAAAGCAUUAUAGAGAUUUGCAUAA